UCGGGGGGCGAGUUUCCUAUUUAAAUCCAACCAGCGAGGAAGAUGGCGGCGGGCGUACUAUCAAAACUUCACCUAUCCAUCGUUUAGGAAAAAGUUUGGAAUAACUUGUCAGCUUUGGACAAAUUACUUUGCUCUGGUCUCUACUGGUUGAGUGAAGAUCAGAUUUUCUUCAGGGAUGCAGGAGUAUUCCCUUAUUGAAGUAAAAUACUAUAGAUUCCUGAAACUGAACAGUGGAAUGCAUGAGCUUAAGUGUUGCUGAUGUAUAGUCAAAAUGAGUGGAUUAGGAGAAAACUCCUUAGAUCCACUGACUGCUGAUUCUCGAAAACGUAAAUUGCCAUGUGAUACUCCAGUACAAGGUCUUACUGGCAGUGGUGAGAAGUGGCGACGGGAGCAAGAGAGUAAAUACCUUGAGGAAUUGGCUGAGUUGAUAUCUGCUAAUCUCAGUGACAUCGACAGUUUCAAUGUCAAACCAGAUAAAUGUGCAAUUUUAAAGGAAACUGUGAGACAGAUCCGACAGAUCAAGGAACAAGGAAAGGCAGCUUCCAUUGAUGAUGAUGUUCAGAAAGCUGAUGUAUCUUCUACAGGGCAGGGAGUUAUUGAUAAAGAUUCCUUAGGACCACUUUUACUGCAGGCCUUGGAUGGUUUUCUCUUUGUGGUUAAUCGUGAUGGGACCAUUGUAUUUGUAUCAGAAAAUGUCACACAGUACCUGCAGUAUAAGCAAGAAGACUUGGUUAACACCAGUGUCUACAGUAUCUUGCAUGAAGAUGAUAGGAAGGAUUUUCUCAAGAAUUUGCCUAAAUCAGCAGUUAAUGGAGAUCCAUGGACAAGUGAGGCACCUAGACAAAAAAGUCAUACGUUCAAUUGCCGUAUGUUGGUGAAAACCGUGCAUGAUAUUCUAGAUGAUGUGGGUACCAGUCCUGAUAUGCGCCAGAGAUAUGAGACAAUGCAGUGUUUUGCCUUGUCUCAGCCACGAGCUAUGAUGGAGGAAGGAGAAGAUUUACAAUCUUGUAUGAUCUGUGUGGCACGCCGCAUCACUACAGUGUUCCCCUCAACCCCUGAAAGUUUUAUUACUAAACACGACCUUUCAGGCAAAGUUGUCACUAUAGAUACAAACUCACUGAGAUCUUCUAUGAGGCCUGGCUUUGAAGAUAUAAUCAGAAGGUGUAUCCAGAGAUUUUUUAGCCUUAAUGAUGGACAGUCAUGGUCCCAAAAACGGCACUAUCAGGAAGCUUAUAUCCAAGGACAUGCUGAAACCCCUGUGUACCGGUUUUCUUUAGCUGAUGGGACUAUAGUAUCAGCCCAAACAAAGAGCAAACUUUUUCGGAAUCCAGUGACUAAUGAUCGCCAUGGCUUUCUUUCUACCCACUUCCUACAGAGAGAGCAGAAUGGAUAUAGACCAAAUCCCAACCCAGUGGGACAAAAUAUACGAACUCCGACAGUCGGAUGUGCAAGUUCCGUUGGAGGAAUGAAUAUGUCGCCAAAUCAAAGCCUACCAAUGCAGAACAGGCCCUACUCCUUGGGAGACCCCAAUGCAGUGGGACAGAUGAGUGGCAUUAGAUACGGAGGCCCUAAUAACAUAAGCUCUAUGAAUCUUGGACCAGGAAUGCAAUCCUCUCCCUAUCAGAACAACAGUUAUGGGCUAAAUAUGAACAGCCCCCCACAUGGUAGCCCUGGCCUUGGAACCAAUCAGCAGAACAUAAUGAUUUCUCCUCGUAACAGAGGUAGUCCAAAGAUGCCUUCACAUCAAUUUUCUCCUGUUCCAGGUAUGCAUUCUCCAAUGGGAUCUGCUAGCAACACUGGGGGAAACAGUUUCUCCAGCAGCUCUCUCAGUGCCCUUCAAGCCAUCAGUGAGGGUGUGGGGACUUCUCUUUUGUCUACACUUUCUUCACCAGGCCCUAAGUUGGAUAAUUCUCCAAAUAUGAACAUGAACCAACAAAGUAAAAUAGGCAGCCAGGAGUCUAAAAGUCCCGCUGGCUUAUAUUGUGAACAGAGUCAAGUGGAAAGUUCCUUAUGCCAAGCCAAUAGCAGGGACCACCCCAGUGAUAAAGACAGUAAAGAAACUGGUGUUGAAGGGCCAGAGAAUCAGAGGGGACCACCUGAAAGCAAAGGCCAUAAAAAAUUACUUCAGUUACUAACAUGCUCUACAGAUGACCGGGGACAUUCCACUCUGACAAAUUCUCCAUUAGAUCCAGGGUGUAAAGACACUGCUGCCAAUGUCACUAGUCCUUCUGGAGUCUCCUCCUCUACAUCAGGAGGAGUUUCUUCCACGUCCAACAUGCAUGGCUCCUUGUUGCAAGAGAAGCACAGAAUUUUGCACAAAUUGCUGCAGAAUGGGAAUUCUCCUGCUGAAGUAGCCAAGAUUACAGCCGAAGCUACUGGGAAGGACACGAGCAGUGCGGCUUCUAGUGAAGGAAUAGUUAAGCAGGAGCAGCUAAGUCCCAAGAAGAAGGAAAACAAUGCUCUUCUUCGAUAUCUGCUUGAUAGGGAUGAUCCUAAUGAUUCACUUCCUAAAGACAUAAAACCUAAAGUGGAAGGUGUAGAUAAUAAAAUGGGGCAGUGCAGCACCACUUCUAUUCCUACUUCAAGUCAAGAAAAAGAGAUUAAAGUUAAGACUGAACAAAAUGAAGAGGUGAGUGGAGACUUGGAUAAUUUAGAUGCUAUUCUUGGUGACCUGACAAGUUCCGAGUUUUAUAACAAUGCCAUGUCCACAAAUGGUAAUAAUCUGGCAAGUAAGCAACAGUUAUUUCAAGGAAAUACCCCUCUAGGUUUAAGAAGCCCACAGUCUUUGCCAUCUGCUCGUCCUCCUUUUAAUCGAGCUGUAUCCUUGGAUAGCCCUAUUCCUGUUGGUUCAAGCCCUCCAGUGAGAAAUGUUAAUGCAUUUCCCAUGUUACCAAAGCAGCCUGUGGUAAGCGGAAAUACAAGGAUGAUGGAUACGCAGGAGAAUUUUGGCUCUAACAUGGGUGCUCCAAAUAGAAAUAUGACUAUGAACCAUCAUCCUUCAGGAGAGUGGGGUUUGCCAAAUUCUAAAGUUAGCAGGAUGGAACAAAACACAGGUUCAUUGGUGAGGCCAGGAACUGACUACAGUAAUUCCUUACCAAGACCUGCAAUGGGUGGUACUUUACCUGGCCUUCCUGUUAGGUCCAAUAGUAUGCCUGGUACAAGGCCAAUGCUGCAGCAACAGAUGAUUCAUAUGAGGCCUGGUGAGAUUCCUAUGGGUAUGGGAGUAAACGCUUAUGGUCAGACAGGACCCUCUAAUCAACCUGGAUCUUGGCCUGAUAAUAUGUUGUCCAUGGAUCAGGGCCCUCGUGGGACGCAAAAUAGAGCCCUUGUUAGGAAUUCCCUAGAUGAUCUUUUGUGUCCUCCUUCGAACGUAGAAGGUCAGAGUGAUGAAAGAGCUCUUUUGGAUCAGUUACAUACUCUGUUGAGUAACACAGAUGUCACAGGACUUGAGGAAAUUGAUAAAGCUUUAGGAAUACCUGAUCUUGUAAAUCAAGGACAUGCUUUGGAAGCUAAACAGGAGUCUUUCCAAAGUCAAGAAUCUGCAGUAAUGAUUGACCAAAAGACUGCUCUAUACGGACAAUCCUAUCAAGCCCAGUCUGCUGUAAUACAAGGAGGUUUUAGUAAUCUUCAGGGACAACAGCAGUCAUUUAAUUCAAUGAUGAAUCAAAUGAGCCAGCAGGGUAACUUUCCACUACAGGGAAUGCAUCCCAGAGCUAACAUGAUGAGACCCCGGACAAAUACACCAAAACAGCUUAGAAUGCAACUGCAACAGAGACUCCAGGGCCAGCAGUUUUUGAACCAAAGCCGGCAGGCCCUUGAAAUGAAAAUGGAAACCCCUCCUGCUAGUGGGGCUACAGUGAUGAGGCCUGUAAUGCAGGCCCAAGUAAACUCUCAGCAAGGUUUUCUCAAUGCCCAGAUGGUGGCCCAGCGUAGUAGAGAGCUGAUUAGUCACCACAUCAGACAGCACCGGAUGGCAAUGAUGAUGCAACAGCAACAACAGCAACAGCAGCAGCAGCAGCAGCAGCAGCAGACACAGACCUUUAGCCCUCCCCCUAAUGUGACUGCUUCAGCCAGCAUGGAUGGGACUUUGGCUGGGACCUCAAUGCCACAAGCUCCUCCACAGCAGUUUUCAUACCCACCAAAUUAUGGAAUGAGCCAACAAUCAGAUCCUGCCUUUAGCAGAGUAUCUAGUCCUCCCAGUGCAAUGAUGUCAUCCAGAAUUGGUGCCUCCCAGAACCCCAUGAUGCAGCACCCUCAGAAUGCACCAAUGUAUCAGUCCCCAGAGAUGAAGGGCUGGCCAUCAGGAACCUUGUCCAGAAACAGUUCAUUUCCACAGCAGCAGUUUCCCCCUCAAGGUAGCCCUGCCCCCUACAGUAUGAUGCACAUGAAUGGUAACAGUGGCCACAUCGGACAAAUGAACAUGAAUUCUAUGCCCAUGUCUGGGAUGCCCAUGGGUCCAGAUCAGAAAUACUGCUGACACAUGAAGUCCAGAACCUCCCACCAAAAAUCACUGUACAAAAGUCUCUGCACUAGUAUUUUCAAGAGGUAAAAAUAAGGGGUUACACAUUGUUUGUAGUGAUAUCUCAGUUAUGGAAAAGACCCACUUCCCUCAAAUCUUCAUUACGGUAUCCCAAGCAACUUCAUUUGAACAGAACUGGGUUGUGAGCUAAAACAUUGUCUACCUGUUUUUCUGUAUAUUGUGGUAUAUUAAGCAAUGGACAUAAUAAAUCUUUUUGGCAUUCUGCCUCUAGAGAUGUGAAUCUGGCAAUGGCAUUUUAGUAAAUAUGGUAGACUCCCUGUGUGUUAUUAUUUCUUUCUGCCUUGCUAUCCAAAGCCCUUUAAAUGUAGGCAGGCCAAAGAGUGGAGAAGUUGUGGGAUAGAAAAGUCUGGUUUCUCUAGUAGCAAUGUCUGACACAGAAUGUAGUUCCCAGCCUUGAGGCCUCUUUUCAUUGGUGAACAGUCCUCUCUUAACCUCUUGUCCCCAGUAAAUCAGAAUGCUUGAGGUCAUGUCAUCAACUUGAAUAUGGGCUUUGGAUUCCCCACCACCAUUGAUGGUUGUGCUCUCUAAUUCCUUUAGGAUUACCACUAGCAUCUAAUCCCAUCAUAAUUCCAGAUUAUGACUGAUGGCAAGUGGCUUUGAAGAAAGGAAAAUGGAAAUUACAGUAUUUAAUUGCAAUAGUGGCUAAUAUUUACAUGCUAAUGUGCAGCUGAGUGCACUUUAUAUAGAAAGUAAUGGAUUAAUGCAAUAUUUUUGAGGUCUUAUGGUGAGCUGUAUCCAUGUUCUCGUCCGAGCUAAUCCAUCGGGCAGGAACUGUAAACUCACUCGAAAGGACUGGAUAAUGUCACACUUUGCCUAUAUGGUAGAGCAAUAAUCCUUUUUGAAAAUCAACUUCAGAAAACCCAAGGCCGGGUACUGCAGUCUGAAUCAGAAAUUUGCAGUCUGUUUCUGUGAAUAGGUUUUUGUAAAUACAGUCGUUAAGAUAUUGUAUUAUGUGUACAUACAUAUGACUUUUGUAGGUCACAAGAACUCAUUUUUGCAGAGUUUGUGAAGCUAAAUAUUUAACAGUGUUGAUUUCUGUAAGCUCAGCAUAGUGAGGUAAAAAAUAAGACAUUCUUAAUUUAAUGACCUGGGGGUGGGGGUGGGGGAUAGUGGCAGCCUGUAGCUUCCCCUCUUCUUUGGUCACCUCACUCAUUUCCAUCUUUUAAAACAAAUAGCUUUCUAAAAAGAUGAUUCAUUUAGGGUUAGGCAGUCAUAAUUGCUUUCUCCACCUGAACUAAGCACUUUGUUAAAUUUUUUUUUUGGUGGGGGGAGGGUAUUAUUUUCGUGUUUAAAAAUACAGUGUGAUUUGACAAGAAAAAGAGCUCUCUGCCUUUUUCAGCUCUCCGUGAAUUGUACCACAGCAAUUCAGGGUAUUUUUUGUUUUUUUUUUUUUUUAACUUAAACACGUUGCCUUUUCAGUCAGGGAGUGGAUGAAUGACAUAGGCUUUGUCAUUGCUUCAAACUGAUGUAAACAGCAGCCUGUUUGUACUAUGAGUUUGUGUUAAUUUUCAAUGUCGUCUUAGCCAUUUUUUGUUAACACCAUAGCUCAGAUUGUUGUUUUCUCUAUGCCUCUGUGAAAAAAGCUGGCAUUUCUGGUCAGCUCUAACCCUUUAGUGAAUUACAACUUUAGUCUCUGUUAACUCUUGAUUGUCCAUACUUCAGAUAUGACAACUGCCCACUGGGUCUUGUUUUUGGCUAUUGAUGCCAGCACCAGUUGGCAGUCAGUAGAAGGGAAGGAAAGAUUCAACUUAAAACCAUUUUAUGCAGGUCACCUGUUAUUUUAGUCCUAAAUUUCAGACUUGAGUUUUGGCAUUAGUGGGUUUAUCAUACUAUUUCUGACAUUAUUGUUUGCUGUAUUUAAUUGGGAGUUGGCAACAAGUUUUAUUUAUAAGUUAGUUUCUACCAAGUUCCUGAAAGUGUCUUUAGCAGUGCAAACAUGAAUUUCCAAAGCUUCUAUUAAAAUGGGGGUGAGAUGGGAACAAUUGGAAUGUUAAUAUGUCUGAAUUUUUUUUCAGAAGCUCUAUGACUUAAAAUUAGUGACAACCACCACCCUCUUUUUAGGCUAAUGUAUGUGGGAGUAAGAUGUAGGUUAUUUUAAUGGGUCUCUUUUCUUAUUCCCUCACCCCCUCCAAAAAACCCCCACACCCAAAAUACUACACCCCACUCUCCCACAAACUUGAUCUGAACACAGUAGGGAAAGGGAAGUAUUUUUAUAGCACCCACUUUGUGCUGGGCACUGUGCUAAGUACUUUUUACAAAUAUUAUCUUGGGUAGGUGCCAUUAUUAUCCCAACUUUACAGAUGAGAAAACUAAGGCAGCUAGAGGUUAAAUGACUUGCCCAGGGUCACACAGUUAGUCUGAGGCUGGAAUUGAACUCGGGUCUUCCUGAUUCCAAGCUCAGUGCUCUCCCCUCUGUGCUACCCACUGCCUCAAGGGGAAAUCAGUUACUUUCUUGCCACCUCUUAAAUCAUGGAUUCUAUUCCUGGGGUGUGUAUGUUUCCCUUGUUUGACUCAUCUUUGUGUUUAACAAAGAGAAUGGUGCUCUUUCCUUUUUUGCUCUAAAUACCUUUCCCCUACCCCUUUGAGGACUCUUCAGAAUUGAUUCCAAGGGUAGACUUACAUGGUCAGGCACUGGAAGGACGGCAGUUCUCUUCUCCCGACUUUUUAUAUUCAGUAUGAAACCUACCAGAUUCUUUAAACAUUUUAUACUUGUUCAUCAUGCUGGUGAAACCUGCAAAUAUUGAUGGCUUUGUACAUCCUGCCCUUUUUACUUUUUUUGAAAAUUUUUCUUGAUAUUUUUCUGAUACCUGCUCUAUUUCCUUAUGUCCCUUUUCUAAAAUUGGUACCUGAAGGAUGUACAAGAAAUCCUAAUACUUCAUCCGAUUUUAGAAUGUUGGAUGUUACCAGUAUUUACUUUUUGCUGAAUCCAAAGAUAUAUUUUUUUUUAUAAAGCUCAAAAUGUGAUGUAAAAGAAAUAAAUGUUUCUUCCUUUUUUAAAAAAAAUGAAAUUACAUUGUUAAUGAUUUUCUCAUGACAAUGCUGUUUAUGAAUCAUUUAUCAGGACAGAAAGAAAAGUGUAGAAUACAAACAGUACUGCUUAGUACUUCAGUGUUUGAUAUCUUAAGAGGUGAGUUGGGGUGGGAUUUUUUUCCCCCAAUUUAGUUCUACAGAAAAACACUUUUUAGGAAAAUUCUUUGAUUUGGAAAGUGAGGCCAUUUGACUGCUAGCAGUGGCCACUUUAACCUGCUGCAGGGAAAAGUCACUUUUAAUACCUGUCCGUCUGGUCUUGUAGCCACGGAAGCUGCACAUGUGUGAGCUAGUUAAAGAAUUAAUAGCAUCCCAGAUAUUUGCUUUGAACAGCAAGGGAAUGAGGGCUUUUUUUUCCCUGCUAUAAGGCAAACCUUUUGAAUGUUACAUUUUGUAAUGUGCAGGGGUUUUUUCUUUAAGGUGGUUUUGUUUUGUUUUGGUUUUUUUGGUUACUAUGUGGAAUUUUAAAGAUGGUGGAAAUGAUACAGCAAUCAUAAAAUUGUAUGUAAUUCUGAGAGCAAUAUUUAAAAAUUCUCAGGAGAAGGCUUACAGUAUUGAGAAUGAAUUAAAUUUAAAUGUAGUUUACAUUAAGUAUUGCUUGAAAUAUCUGUAUCUUUCUUUACACUGCAAAAAAAAUCCAAACCCCAUGGGAUGAUUUAUAAGAUGGCUGGGUUGUAAGCUAUGACUGCUUUUCUGAUUGUUUUUUGAUGUUAAUGUCAAUGUAAAUAAAGGUUUCUAUUUAAAAUUGGA